AAGCGCGAUUGAAAUCCCUAAACGAGUGAAGACAAAAAAGAAGUAUCCCCAAUCGAAUUCCAUCAUCCUUGGUAAUAAUUUUUGUUUUCCCUCUAAAAAGUUAAAAACUUUUCUUCAUUGGAUCGAGUCUAAAAGGGGGAAAUGGAGGAGGAGAAGAAGAAGAAGAGAAACAAGAAGAAGAAAAACAAGCAGGGCAAAGCCACCGAAGAAGACGUAGAUCAGAUUCAGAAUAAUAACGUUACCAAUGGCCAAAACAGCGGAAAUGCUCUGGAUCUGGAUACUCAUCAACCUAAUGGCGCUCUUCCCAACUCUGCGGAAGAGAUGAUUAAAGAACUACAAAAGGAGAAUGAGUUACAUGUACAGAAAGAGGCUACUUUGCAAGAGAGAAUUCAACACUUACAACAUGAAAAUGAAUCACACCUACAGAAAAAGGCUUUGUUAGAAGAGACAAUCAAUCAGUUAAGAAAUGAGUUUGAUUCCCACCUAAAGAAAGAGGCUUCUUUAGAGGCGGCAAUCCAACAAUUGCAAUAUGAAAGAGAAUUACAUGUGCAGAAAGUGGCUGGUUUAGGGAUCAAUAUUGUAGGAUUACAGAACGAAAAAGAAUUCUGGUUUCAAGAAAAGGCCAGCUUGGAAGAGAAAAUCAGUCAGUUGCGGGAUGAAAAAGCUGGUCUGCAUCUGAAAGGGGCAACCUUGGAAGAAAAUGUUAGACAGCUAGAGAAAGAGAAAGAGUCUUGGAUUGUGACACAGAGUUCCACGAAAGAAGCAAUUUCUAGCCUUAAUCGUGAUAUUACAAGACUAAAAAUGCAGGUGGUUGAGUUGGAGGAAUCCAGGAACAAUCUUUUGCAAGAAAAUCAGCAGCUCACUGAAAAUAUAUCUAGUAUGCAGUUACAUACUCAAAACCUUGAGAGGAACAGUAACUCCGAUUCCCAAUCAGAAGACGUCGAAAAGCAAGCUGCUGGCAAUGAGGACCUGAAAUCUCAGAUUGAAGCAGCAAAUGUGUUUGUCGACAAACUGAUGAUGGAGAACGCUGAGCUUGUUGAGAAGGUGAAUGUGUUGUAUGCUAUACUUGAGCAACAAAGUAAGGCAGCAGAACAUUCAAAGGUCAUUGACACGACUAAUUCUGUGCCUCGAUCUCUUGAGAAUGGCUCUAUAAUGGUUCCGAAGUUGGAUUCUCUUGAGGCUUCUCCAAUUACGAACGGCAAAAUUGAAAGUGAGAAUGUGGAUGGGCAACCUGCUGCCCCUCUUCCACAAAAUGUAGAAUCCAAGGACUCGGGGGAAAUUGUACAAAUCCCUCUGGAUGAUACCGAUGUAAGGGAUUUGGAGUCCCAGGCCACUGGAACUGAAGAAAAUGCGGUGCCCCUCACCGAUGCACCCCUUAUCGGUGCUCCAUUCCGGUUAAUAUCGUUUGUUGCUAGAUAUGUUAGUGGUGCUGACCUUGUUAACAACACUUGAAGUUCCGACUCAUAGCUUAGAUGCAUUUUUUUUCCAUUCAAUAUGAUUUGGAAUUAUACAUGGUAUACACUUUUGAACUAGAGAAUCAAAAUGGUCAAAUUGACCGUCUUCAUUGUUUACUGAUAAGUGAUGAAUGUUAUCUGCUGAGGGGAAAAAAAAUACUGUUUUUCGUUUAUGUUUCGGAUAUGUUAUGGGGAAAGCUACCAUGCUAUUCCUAUCUUAAUUUUUCAUGUAUACAAUUGCAUUAAGUCGAAGUUUUUGUAUUAGAUUA